AGCCUGGCGGCCGCCCCGCCCCCUCCCCAGGUGAUGCCAGUGGCCGGGGUGACGAUGCCGGUGGCGAGGCGGCGGCGGCGACGACCACCGUUCCUGACGGAGAAGGAGGCGGCGAUGGGGUCCGGGCGGGCCUCCUCGUCCGUCCCCGCCGCCGGCUCGCACCUCGGGGCCGCCCUGCCCUGCCCCUGAGCCGCGGGGAAGCGCCAGCGGCCGGCCCCAUCGCUCGGCUCACCCCCCCCCCCGCUUCCCCCAGCCUCGCCGCCAUCUCCCCCUUCCGUCCUCGAUGUCUCCCCCGCGGCGCGGAGGCCCCUUCGCCGCCUCCCCGCCCUCUCGCUCCUCGCCGCCGCAGCCCUCCCGCCCCGCGGUCCGGCGGCGAGAGGCGUCCGGCCUCCCGCUGGUCAGGCCGUCGCUGCCGCCCGUCCCCCCCGGCUGAGGAGCGGCGGAGGCCGCCGGACCCCCCCGCCGCGAUGAAGGUGGAAGCGGGAGACAACUCCAUGAUCAACCUGUCGGUGCAGCAAGUGCUGAGCCUGUGGGCGCACGGCACCGUCCUCCGCAACCUCACCGAAAUGUGGUACUGGGUUUUCCUCUGGGCUCUCUUCUCCUCUCUCUUUGUCCAUGGUGCUGUGGGAGUAUUAAUGUUUGUGAUGCUGCAGAGGCAUAGGCAGGGGAGGCUGAUCUCUGUCAUUGUGGUCAGCAUUGGAUUUCUGGGUUCUAUAACUGGAGCAAUGAUAACCAGUGCUGCAGUAGCUGGAAUUUACAGAGUAGCAGGAAAGAAUAUGGCUCCCUUAGAAGCUCUUGUCUUUGGCGUUGGACAGACAGUACUGACAUUAAUUAUCUCGUUUUCAAGAAUUCUUGCAACGCUUUGAGACUUAUGUAGGAGGGGGAAAAAAUCAACUAGUUUAAAGAAAUCUUUAAUCUGAAGAGAAGCUUCCUGAAAGUGGAUUCAUCAGCUUACGAACUUGAAUUCUAGUGCAAGAGAAAGGAAGCAAUGUGGAACGUGCACUACAAAUCUAGAGGUUCGGUCAAAUGAACAGACUGUCCUCUAGUGUCUGAACUGUUGUACUUCUGCACUGCGCCUUAUGUGCCUCAGUCAUAGGCAAGGUGCAAUCCAUGUGUGCGAAGUUGAGAUAAAGCACCUUGAAUAGAUGCCAGUCAGGUUAAUGCUUGGUGAUGGGAUCAUUGUUCUUAACAGUGUUGUAAUAAAAUAAAGGGACGCUUCUGACAAUUGCUGUAUGUGCCAAACUUGGAGUUUAAUUCUUAACUGUUGGGUCGGUAAGCUUUGAAAUUGUAAUUAUAGAAGAAUGCUGUGAACAUACACUCUACUUGAGUUCGGGUAAAAUAGCAAGAUAACUGACUUUUGAGCAGAAUCUCUUUGAAUGCUGAAUAUUUUUAUUCAGCAUUCAAAACAACUGUUAGGUCUGUUUCAAAGUGUAGGUGAAUUUUGAUGGGGUUUAAGAACCACAACUUUAGCAACCCUGGUGUAAUUAGCACUAUGUGUAGAAUGGCUCAUGGCAGUUUUCUGAAGCUCAGCACAUCAUUUCUUUAUGGUUUUAGAUCGUCAGAAAUCAAUAGCUUAGGGAGACUGUAUGAGGGUUACUAAGUACAAUCUGUUGGGUAUGCACAAACAAAUCUUAAAUUGAUGCUUUCCUUAAAAUUAUUUUGUCUUAAACAUACAGAUGGUUACCAGCCCUUCUGAAAGCCCCAGAAAGGCUACUUGUUGCAAAUAAGCUCCCUAUAUUUAUUUAAGCACCGAUAGGACUCUUAACCCUACACAUAUUCUUUAAAGAACACACAAAUAUAACAAACUUCAAGAGAAUACACCUAUGAGGAAAAUGGAUAAAAAAGGAUAUACUGGUUUUCUACUGAACAAAAAUGUUAAUUCUAAUAAAAUAGUUACUAUACUCCAAAAGUUUGGAAGUGGGGCAGUGCUAAUGUAUUUACUACCUUGUUUCUAAACACUUUGUAUCUUUUGGAAAGAUUUAAGAAACCAGGAACUUUCAAAUACUUAGCUUUCAGUAGCGUUUGUGCUUGUCUAGUUUAAAAGGGACAGUAGUGUUGUGCAUGUGAAAUGUCUUAAAUGUGAAUGUUUUGGAGUGAAUAGAAAUUUUAAAUCUAAUUACUAAUUCUAUAUGAAAUGCAAAAUUUAAAGGGCACAAAGUUCUGUGUGAGGAAUAAGGAAUCUUUUACAUCUUUCCUCAGCUGAAUGCUUUUCAGCAGUCAGCUUUUAAUGCUGACAGGAAGAGUAAAUUGCUCAAAGGUUUUGCAGUUAAGAAGUCAAAAAGACUUUCAGGACUGUUGAAACCACUGGCACCUACUGCACAGCUAAAAAUAUGGUUAAAAUAUAACUUAGAAUCCAGUCAUAUUGCUUAGUGCUUCAAAAUAUUAUAAUGAAUUAACCUUGUCUGCCUUUAUUUUACUCCACAAACUUUUUUUAAGUGCUAAGGAUGCUAAUAUUACUUGCUUUCUUUAAAAGUAUUUAAGUCUUGUUUGGAAAAUGUACAAAGUUACAGGCUUUGCAGGGAACAAGGUAAAAUACAGGUUUAUAAACCUUUUCAGCAUUAUAUUUUUGGCUUUGAAUUGCUUUAAAAUGUGACUGAGUACGUAUAUUCUCAUUAUUUUGAAUGUCUUCAAAAACUUAUUUAUUUUUCAUGGUUUGGGUUUUUUGUCUUGUGGCUUUUACUUUCUGAUGAUACUUUUUGGCAUAACAAUCAUUGCACUUUAGUAGACAAUGAAAUUAUUACAUCUGUAAAAGGCAAUUUAAACUUCUCCCCGUUGUCUUAAAUUAUGAGAAAACUGGUUUCAGGUAUUUAAAUCAAAUUGAAUAAUAAAGUAAUUGAAGAUA